CGGUGUUCUCGGUGCUAGCCGGUCAGAGUUUGCAACUCUGACUGUGAGAUUAAAACAAAAUGGCUGGAAGUGUAAUGAAUAGAAUAAACAUAGCUUUCCGAAAAUUUGAACUAACAAUACAGACAAUUUUUGGUCAUGGUUUUCCUCCAGGAAUAUCACCAUGUGUAAUUGAAUGCAACAGUGUUCUAAAUGAACCAAAACCAGUUAAUCAUUUAGGUAGCCAAUCUCUAAAAGAAAUUCUUGAGAAUGGUAUCUUAUGGGCAGUCCCAAAAAAACGACGCUCUUUAGAAAAAAGACUUCAAAGAAAACAUGGAAUUAUGCAUUAUCAAUUUAAACCAUCUCUUCCAAAAAAAAUAUUAAUGUGUCCAAAUUGUGGUCAUAAUUAUGAACCUGGUCGUUUAUGUGGACAUUGCUAUGAAAAAAUAAAAAUUGAGACUAAAGAAAUGCAAGAAGCCAUUCAAAAAGAACUAGAUCUUAGUCCUGUAGAAAAAGAUGUGAUAGUGUUAUAUGAUGGAGAAAGAGAUGCUAAAACAGAAAAGUUUUGGAAGAACCAAAGAAUAGUCGAAUUACCAAAGAAAAGACCUUCAUGGUUUCAUCGAAGUUUACUUGAGCCUACAACUGAGGAAUCUACCUCAGAUAAAAAGGACAUUAAACCUACUCAUCUUGUAUAAAACUUAAAAUCAUGUUUAUUGGAAUAGAGAUGUUAAACUAAAUUACAUUGUACUGUGUAAGUAGUUCCAAUGAAUAAAUUGAAUAAUAAAAGUUACAGCUAAAAAUUUUGUAGAAAUUUAAUACACAUUUUGGUACUCUAAUGAUUUUCUAUUUUAGUUUAAAAGAUUUUUUUCAAUCUUAAGGCUCAGCUUUCUCUCGCGGUUAUCCUUGAUUUGAUAAGACCGAGGAUGUCACACUAAGAGUUUUUUGUCAUUGCCUCAGUUUGUGCUUUAACCUAACCUAACCUAGAAAAUAUUAUAAAAAAUUUCCUUUAAUUAUUUGAUUAUAAAAUAGCUUUUCUUUGGAAGUUGAGGACCGCUGACACAUCUCGAAAACAGUAUCAUACCU